AUGUCGGGAAGAUACCUGGGAUCGGCCAUGGAAGCUCCCUGCGUGUGGGACAGCAGCCACUGGGACCGGGASCAGGAGCUUCAGCCCAGGCCUGAGGGGCUCCCUGGGGACCAGGGUUGGGGGAGACGGGACUUUCCCGUGUUUCGGGAGGAAGCCAAGGGCGAGGAUGGAUGGUGCAAGCGAGGCCACCCCGGAGGAGCCAGACACAGGGACAGCAGAGGCAAACGGAGCAUCGAAGGGGACGUGCCAGGACACACAGACACCUCAGGAGGCAACGCGCUGCUGCUCUACGCCGCCGCGCACACGCUGGUCCUGCACGACGUGCGCGCCCGGCAGCAGGCGCAUCUGCAGGGUCACAGCAACGUCAUCUCGUGCCUGUGCGUGAGCGAGGACCGGCGCUGGGUGGCCACAGCCGACCGCGGGCCGGACGCGCUCGUCAUCGUGUGGGACUCGUACUCGGGGAUCCCCGUGCGCACCAUCUUCGACAGCCACCCGGCCGGCGGCGUCGCGGCCAUCGCCAUCUCCCACGAUGCCAAGUACCUGGUCACCAUCGGCGCUGGUGCGGUGCAGAGGGUCUGCGUGUGGAGGUGGACGUGCCCGGCGGAGUCGCCCGCGUGCAGCGCGGAGCUGCCGCCCGCCGCCGGGCGCCAGGAUUUCGUYGCGUUCAACCCCCAGAACGCCGCCGAGUUUGUCAGCAACAGCAAAAGCCAGGUGAUAUUUUACCUGUGGAGCGACGCCGCGUUGCAGUUCGGCGCGCCGCCUUUGACCGACAGGACCUUCGGCAAAGCGGUGGGGCACUUCAGCCAGUCCGUUUUUCAUUUCGACAACUCGCAAGCGCUGACGGGCACCUCGGCGGGGAAGCUGGUGCUGUGGGACGCGGUGCGGCCCCGUCCGCUGCCCCGGGAGCCGCCGCCCAAGCCGCACACCAUGAAGGCCAUCAAGCUGGUGCCCAUGCAGAAGGACGGCAUCACCGUGCUCACCGUGUCGGACGGCUAUUUUGUAACGUGCGACGUCAAAGGCACGGUCAAGUUCUACGACGGGCAGCUGCAGCUGGUGAACUGGUACAGCCACCCGCACGUGGGGCCCAUCCGCUCCAUCUCCUUCUCCAAAUCGCCCCCCGGCGCCGCCGCAGACCCCGCCAGCUCCUGCACCCUGGGCGGGCAGCCCUUGGUCGUCAGGGACUUUAUCCUUUCAACUGCUGACGCAACAGUGUUCCACGUUGCAACAGAUGGGACGAAAUACGAGAAACUCCUGGAGGAGCCCAAGAGGGCCGUGACGGCCGUCGCGUGUCACCCCGGGCAAGCGCUCGUGGCGCUGGGGAGCCACUGUGGGCUGCUGAGGCUGUGGGACCAUGAGCGGCACACGGGCCUCGUUAGCAGGGUSUUCGUCGAGGGCAGCAUCCAGAGCCUGUGCUACAGCCCCCAAGGCCACCUCCUGGCAGCCGGCUUURCCGACGGGAGCCUCCGUGUCCUCGACGCUGUUUCCCUCCGUUCCGUCUGCGAGGAGUUCAGGUUCUCGCACGGCCCCGUGACUCACGUGAGCUUCUCGCACGAUUGCGAGUACCUCGCGACYGCUGACGGCAACCUGGCGGUGACGGUCUACAGAGCGGUGCCGCGCUCGGGGCAGCGGUGCUGGGAGCACCUGGCCGGGCUGCACGCGCACUCGCGGCGCAUCCGCAGCCUCCUCUUCGGCGUGCAGCUGGACGGCGACGAGCCCCGGCUGCUGAGCCUCGCCGAGGACCGGCAGCUGGUUGAAUACGACCUGGGCAGCAGCAGCAAGGGCCGCCUGGCCGUGCUGCGGCGGGACCGCGUGGAGCAGGCGGCCGUGCCGCUCUGCUUGGCCUGGUACCCGCAGCUCGGCACCGAGUCCUUCAUCCUCACCGCCAACAGCUGCUACAAGAUGAAGCUCUACAACACCACCACCAAGAUGUGCAGAAAGACCCUUUUGGGACCAACCUAUGGCUCCCCUCUGGAGAAGAUGCAAAUCCUCCCCACAACAAACCUGGCGGACCCGCAGAAGCGCUACCUGGCUUACAUUACGAAGGACAAGGUCGGUGUGCAGGUUUUGCCUGCGGACGGUAACCCCCACAAGUCCUCGGCUUUCAUCUGCCACCCGGACGGCGUGGCCGACCUCGCCGGCUCCUGCGACGGGCGCUACGUCUUCACGGCCGGCGGCGACGACCGCACGGUCAUGGUGUGGGAGGUCAACCUGCCGGCUCUGGWUGCCGCCGUUCCCCUGGGCGGGCAGGACCUGGAGCCCUUCUACAACCUGCUGGAUGGCGGCAGAGACGGCGACUUCUUCAGGGAGCUGGAGGACUAUUUUUACUACGCGCAGCUGCACAGCCACGGGAUCGAUACGAUGGAGACCAGGCAGGUGUCCACGCACAUCCCCCUGGAGGAAAUUCCUUCUGUAAUGAGAGCAAUGGGAUUUUAUCCCUCGGAGGAGAAGAUUGAAGAAAUGAUAAAUGAAGUCAAGUUCAGCGAGUACGUGGAUACUGGCAAGCAAGUGACAAAAAUCAAUUUAGGGGAUUUUAUCAAACUUUAUAUAAACCAUCGCCCUGCAUUCGGCUUGUCAAUGAAAAAAAUACGGAGAGCGUUUCAGGUCCUUGGUUAUGAUAAUGAGAAUGGGGAAAAAGUUAUCGACAGAGGAGACUUGCUCCUGCUGCUUCAGCGCAGAGGAGAGCACAUGACGGAGGAAGAGCUGGCAGCCUGUCUGACCGCCUUGCUGGGCACGCAUCCAGAGGGAGGAACAUCCGAACCGGGCGCCUGCGGUACCUCAGGUGCAGCAGCUUCACUGGAAGAAGAAAUUCCAGAUGAAAUCACAGCAGAGAUCUUCACUGCUGACAUUCUUGGCUUACCUAUUCCUGAACCAAAGAAGAAAACAGAAGAAAGACCUGAACCUUUGAUCCCUGAAGGCUCAGAAUCGUAGCUGCUACAAAGUUUUCUACUCAUUCCUACUUUGCCAUCUCCUCUCAAUUAUCUGUGGGUUCUGUUUGUUCGAUUGCUUUUAUUAAAAUAUAAGGGCUGAGUAGUUUUAGACUGGUCACACACUUUUCUAACUCCUGUUUUAGCACAGGCCACAAUGCGUUUGGAUGAAAUCUAUUUCCCAAAUCAAACAUGGUGCUCCUAUCUCACCCUCUGUAGCCCUGCUGUGGAAAACUGGGAUUUUGGAGAUAGUCAGUGGAAGUAUUUCCACUGUUCCAGCACRGCUAACGCCUCUAAUACCUUCUUACCUAAGGGUAGUUAAUAAAAAGCA